AUGAGGGAAAUCGAAACAUUACGGAGGCGUGUGAAAGAGCUCGAGACUCAACUUGAGGGUACAAAUACUGAGUCAAAGGAUACACACAAACACCAUGCUUGUGACGACGAAGACGACCAGGCUUCAAGCCCACAUCCUUGCAACGAGGACGGAAUUCACCUGGACACUACCCAACACACGGAGCCAUCUUCUUCCCUUGCUCAAUUUUACGGACAGUCAUCGGCAUAUUACUUCAUCCACCGCAUAAACCUCCAUCUCCAAUCUCACCACCAAGAAUCCCCAGAAGCCCAGAGCCCCCAGACACUGAUCCCCAACUCUGCAAGCCGAUCGUUCGUUCAUGCUGUAUUUUCUCAAGAAGCAGAGCCUGAGGCAGGGGUUGGCUCAGAGGCGGUCCCGGAAUGCAAUCAGCGGCUGACAGAGAGCACCUUGUCUGGAAAGAACCUGACAGCAACCCAGGAGGCCUUCUUCCUCGACCUCUUCUGGGAUUCUUGGCACUGCUGCUAUCAGAUUCUCGAUCAGGUUGAAUUCAAGGCGCACUACAAGUCCCUCUGGGGUGGCCCAGGCCAAACCACCCGGAAACCAUCUGCCCUGGUCGACAUCGUCUUGGCCUUGUGCAUGCAGUUUGGUGUCACAUCUCUUCCUCGACAAGUAGAGUCUAAGGCCGAGAUUGACAUCCGCGACGCUACUAUCGCGGGUCGCUGGCUCUACCGACGCGCCCAAGCCCUACUGGCUUGCGAGCUGGAGAGACCUUCUCUCACAACCUUUCAGUGUCAGUUCUGGUCUGCCGUCUAUCUCGGUAACGCAUCCUAUCAGAACAUGGCUCAAAGCAUGAUCGGUACCGCUAUCUGCACUGCGCACGCACUUGGGCUGCACAUCGAGCCAUCUACAGAGCUACCCCUCAAGGAACGAGAGGCAAGGAAGCAGAUGUGGUGGACUCUGUUUGUGUUUGAAACCAGGCUCUGCAUCCGACUGGGCCGACCUUGGGGGACUGACAUGUCCCGGACAACAUGUUCCUUACCAGGAGAGGAUCAGGAGCCUCACUCCGGCCAUGUAGCGUGGCGGAGCUACACGGUACAAAGAGCUAGGCUUAUGAUGCUAGUUCGAGCCAUUUUUGACAGGUUUCAACAAAAGUGCGCUUCCACAAAGAAGGGAAACUCGAGUGUCAUUGUUGAGGAGUUUUCCAAGACUCUCAAGGACGGUGUCGAGGAUAUACAGGCGUGGGUUGAUACAGUCCCUACCGCACUCAAGACUGAGCGCCGUGGGAGCGGCACGCCCUUCUCAACAGAUCUGUCUGAAGUUGAUAUUGAGCCUUUUGCACCGCUCUGGUUGCGUCGGCAGCGCCUCAUGCUGGAGCUUGGAUACCACGACUCCCUCCUGACACUUGGCCGUUCAUGCAUAGCCUUCUCGCUCAAGUCAGUGAGGGAACCUUAUCAUCAAGGGAUUCAUAUUGACGAAAUACCCUCGAAAUUUUCCACGAUGCUUCAUGUGGCUGGAACUGCCGCUCGACAUGCAAUAUCGAUAACGCAUGUAUUGCACCAGAUCUACAGGGACCAUGACAUCCUUGACGGUUGGUAUGAGCCGUUCAACUAUCAAUGGAACGCGGCCAUAACGUUAGUCGGAUUUAUCCUGGCCUACUCCAAGACCAGUUCCAUAGUCCCAGCUGCCUGUGAGGCCCUUUCCAGCAGCAUCAACGUCCUAGAGCGGAUGGGCAGCUUCUUUGGGGUGGCAGCGAGCGCGGCGGUCGUCAUCAGUAACCUUUUACACAAGACCAGCGCCGUUGUACGCAGUUUGGAAGAGUUUGCGACCAACCCGGCCGAGGAGUGUUCGGCCGACAUUUCCAAAGCUCCCCUAGGCCAACCGGACGCGCUUCAUCUCCCGGAAUUGGACAUUGCAUCAUCUAUCCUGGCUGGAGCUGAUGGCACAUUUGGACCAGCAUCCGAGUUUGAAGGGUUCGGGUUCAGCCAUGAUUUGAAUCAAUUCGCAGGGAUCGGUGAUUUUGGCCUCGAGGACAACUUUGAUCUUUGGACGUAUCCGUUGGAUUCGUAG